AUGUUAAGCUAUCCGUGAGCGGAAGACGUGCAACACAGUUACAAGAUGUCGGUAAGCAAGACACCGAAAGGAAAGUCGCAGGAACAAAUUAUUGCGGGCUUUCAGGAGCUUCGCCAGCAACAGAGAGUUGUAGCUUCUCGAAUAGCUGAAGUUGAAAUGGACAUGAAAGAACACGAAUUGGUCAUAGAAACAUUAAAGGAAGUUGCACCCGAGAGGCGCUGCUUCAGAAUGGUUGGUGGAGUUUUGGUUGAACGGACAGUGGGAGAUGUUUUACCAGCAUUGAGCACAAACAAAGAACAGAUGGCCAAAUUUGUGGAGAACAUGACAAAGCAGCUGGAGGCGAAAGGCAAAGAAAUCAAUGCUUACCGCGAAGAGCAUAACAUCAGAAUACGUGGAGAGGAUGACAAGCAAGAAAAAUCUGAAGGCGACACCAAAACAGGGGGUGGAGGUGGUGUUCUCGUUGCCAACAGCUCAUGAACUCAUUAUAAACUGUGCAUCCCAUACCAUUUCAGCUGGUUGCUGUUUCAGUGUGCAUGUAUUUCAAAGCGUAUGUGACCUAACUUUAAGGGGUGAGGGUGGGGAGAUGUGUGGGUGCGUCUACCUGUGCCAAUGUGUGAAGACAAGCUUUUGCAAAUUAUGAGUUGCAUGGAGGGAUUCUUCCACUUUCAUUUUCAUAUGAGUUUGCUCGGAUGACAGUGUGAACAUUGUCAGCACUUUGUAUAUUUUUCUUUUGAAAGCUUUGCAAUGAAUCCACAGAAAUAAGCGCUUAAAAUCAGUCAGACUGCUACAGUUUGGCUGUGCAAAAUCUGUCACUGUCAGGGAAAAUGUCUUUAAGUUCAAAAGUGCUUUAGCUUUUUAAAAUGUCUUUUAGCUCAGAACUUAUGACUGAUGCAUAGUAAUGUAACAGCAAUGUAGGCAAACAGUAAAGCAUACUUUGUAUGUUGAUCUUAUUGUUGGGUAUCUCAGAGAUGUACAACUACUGCACAAAAUCUUGCUGGGAAAGGGUAGAUGUUUGAGAUCACAGUUUGAAAUAUAGUGCCAUGAAUGCAGUGUACUCUAAGCAAUAGUUUUUAACAGUCAUAAUCAUUGCUGAGGUAUUGCAGCUGCACAGAUGUUAAAACAAUUAUAGACUGUCAGGGGAUAGGCCAAACUAAAAUGUUGCGCCCUGAUUCUCCAUGUUGGGGGUUUUGCUUUGGGCUAACAACCCACUUGUGAAAAAAAAGGGUGGAGGGCUGUUUUAGAAACCGCAACAGUACAUGCAUGGGAGUAACAAGGAAUAAACUUAUAAAUCUAAAGGAAAAUGCAAACAUUGCUUCAAAUCUUAUUGAGAUCUCUUGCUGGCUGGGAGAGGGUUGUGGGCAAGAAAUAGAAAAGAUCCAUAACAGAACUCAAUCUUUUUAAAAUUGUCAAAAUGAGUAAAUUGUUUUUUUGGGUUGGGGUGGGGGAGAAUGGGCCGUUGGUAAAAAUGAGGGGUAUCAAAAUAUAUAAAUGGUCUUCUGAAGCCUUUUGGAACAAGCUAGUCCUGUGAACAGGUUUUCAUUGUCCAUGCAGAAAAUGUUAGUAGUGGUAAAAAAGCUAAAUUUUCCAUAAAAGACUUUCCAAAGAAGUCAAGAGGUAGUUUCAAGCCUUUUCUUUGGCCUCAUGAAAUGCGUAAAAAAUAUUGGUAUUUGAACUGUCCUGUCUUUGUUUGAUGAAGUUUCAACUACUUAAGAAGUUUUAAAUAGAUAAUCACAAAAUUCAGAUGGUACACUUAUAACAUACUUGCGGGCAUUUUCAGGCUUUGCACUAGAGCUGCUGAUAAAAAAAAUGUUGAGUCAUGCCAACUGUAUUAAAGAAUGUUCAACCCGGGAGUGUUCAA